AUAAAGAAGAAAAAAAGAGAUGCAUCAAUUACCUCUCAUUAUCUCACACACAAAUUAAGGGUUCUUUAUUUGGAAUCGAAGAUUUGAUAAGGAUUUUUUUUUUUUUUGUAAAUAUUUGUGAAGUUCCUUAGACAUCCAGUUUCUCUACCGGUCUCAAAUCCAUGGCCCUUCCAAGAACGAAGCGAUUUUUUCUGUUAUGCGCUUUUUCUUACGCGAUCGUCGCCAUUGCAGAGAAGAAUUAUUACGAGAUUUUACAAGUGCCGAAAGGAGCGUCGGAUGAGCAGAUCAAAAGAGCAUAUAGGAAGCUGGCAUUGAAGUAUCAUCCCGAUAAGAAUCCCGGUAAUGAAGAAGCCAAUAAGCGAUUUGCAGAUAUUAACAAUGCUUAUGAAGUGUUGUCGGAUAGCCAAAAAAGGAGUAUAUAUGAUAGGUAUGGAGAGGAGGGCUUGAAACAACAUGCUGCCCGUGCAGGCGGAGGAAUGGGGGUCAAUAUGCAAGACAUUUUUAGCUCGUUUUUUGGGGGAGGCCCAAUGGAAGAGGAGGAGAGAAUUGUGAAGGGUGACGAUGUAAUUGUCGAAUUGGAGGCAACACUAGAAGAUUUGUACAUGGGAAGUACUCUUAAGGUUUGGAGGGAGAAAAACAUAUUAAAGCCUGCUCCUGGUAAACGGCCUUGUAAAUGCAGAAAUGAGGUCUACCAUAGGCAAAUUGGUCCAGGGAUGUUCCAACAGAUGACUGAACAGGUUUGUGAGCAGUGCCAAAAUGUCAAAUUUGGAAGAGAGGGGUUUAAUGUCACAAUUGAUAUUGAGAAAGGAAUGCAAGAUGGGCAAGAGGUAGUUUUUUACGAAGAUGGUGAACCUAUAGUAGAUGGAGAACCUGGAGAUUUGAAGUUUCGUAUUCGCACUGCACCCCAUGACCGAUUCAGAAGGGAAGGUGAUGACUUGCACGCUACAGUCACCAUAACACUUGUUCAAGCUCUUGUUGGUUUUGAGAAGACCAUUAAACAUCUUGAUGACCAUUUAGUGAACGUUAGCUCUAAGGAUAUUACUAAGCACAAGGAGGUGAGAAAGUUCAAAGGAGAAGGAAUGCCAUUACAUUCCAGCAAGAAGAAAGGUGAUCUCUAUGUCGCCUAUGACGUUUUAUUCCCCACAUCGUUGACGGAAGACCAGAAGUCCAAAAUCAAAGAAGUUCUUGGCUAGGAAUAGGGGAUAUUAGUUUUUAUUUUUAUUUUUAUUUUCCCAUUACAACAUGAUGAGGCUACAUAGAAAUUAGGAUAAUCCAAGGGUUUCUAAUUUUUUUUUCUCCCCUCCCUUUUGUUGCCUAUUUCCUCUCGGCUGGCAUGCACGGAUUUUUGCCUGUCUCGAUCUUAAAAUGAAAUUUUAUCUUGAGAAAAUAAUUUGUCUCAAACCCUAACCUUAAAUUUAAUAAAAGAUUUGACUUCAACCUGAUUCGAUUUAAAUUUAA